GUGUUGAUAAUCUUUGAAGACUGUAGACUUUUCUUGGUCGUUACAUUGUAAUAUUAAUUUCUGCUUCAUUUGGAAUAAUCUGGAUACUAAUUUGGACCAAUUUGUCCUGUAGUAAAAUGGGCAUGCCUGAAUUUGAUGCAGUCUUCGGACGUAGGCUGCCUGAUGACCUGCUAAUGUUUCCUUGGCAGGUUUUGUCUGCCUUUUCAAGCCGGAGGAAAUAGACUCGCCUCCCUCUCUUUUUUUCUUGCCCCGUGUCCUGGUGUUGAAAGUGAUUUGGUGUUUUAGCAAUGAUAUAAACAAGUGUAAGGACAGAUGGUGAGGGUGUCUUUUUUAAAACGACUAGGGUGUCAUUAAUUCUACACUUUUGAACUCGUUCAAAGUGUAGGCAAUAUUACAGCUCUUGUUCUGGGGGAUGGUUUCGAUUUGUUUCUUUCGACAAACGUCGUCCUUGACAGAAAAUGUAGACAGGUCAAAGUUGGAGUUCGGUGAGAAAUAGCGAUGCUAUCAUUAUAGGCGAUGCUAUCACGCAGACAUCCGGAAACGCAUCCAUGCGCCACGGUUUUCUAGCAUGAUGUCAAUAUGCUUUAACAAUACAAAGGAUUCAUUCAAGGACCUCGAUUGAGAUGCCGUAUAUGCGCGUUUGUCAUGGGUGCGUCUACGCGGUUAAUUUGCUCUGCUCCAUACGGUUUUGGACUGUGUUUAUGGAAUGAUCCAAUCUGGAAUGAUUAAAUAGCCUGCAUUGAUACAUAUUCCGACAAUAUGGCUGAUCAGAGUAACAUCCAGUCUGCUGCUUCCAAAAGCAUCCGGCCAUUCAAGUCCAGCGAGGAAUACCUGUAUGCUAUGAAAGAGGACUUGGCCGAGUGGUUUAACACGCUGUAUGACCUGGAUAUAACGGCGGACACCUUUAUGGAAGGGCUGGAGACUGGCUGUGCCCUCUGUCGGCAUGCCAACAACGUGAAUCGCGCAGCGCUGGACUUUCAACUGGAGUACCCAGAGGCUGCACAGUCAUUGAGGAUGCCAACCAAGGAUGUGGUCUUUCAGUCAAGAAACGUGGUUCCUGGCUCGUUUUUGGCUCGGGACAACGUGUCCAAUUUCAUCGGCUGGUGUCGUCAGGAACUGUGGAUCAAGGAUGUUCUCAUGUUCGAGACCAACGACAUAGUGGAGAAAUGCAACGAGAAGAACUUUGUGCUGUGCCUGCUGGAGGUGGCGAGGCGUGGCGCCAAGUUCGGCAUGCUGGCCCCGAUGCUGAUCCAGUUGGAGGAGGAGAUCGAGGAGGAGAUCCGGGACCAGGAGAACCUGGGGGAGCCCAGCCCAAGCCUGCUUCCAAUAAGCAGGGCUUUCGUUCGGAAAGAGAGUGUGGUGGAUGAACCCGAGCCUGCCCCCUAUGCACAUUGGCAACAGAAACAGAGGGUGCUGUGUGACAUGAGAAACUUAGAUGAGUUGGUGCGGGAGAUCCUGGGCCGCUGCUCCUGCCCUGCCCAGUUCCCCAUGACCAAGGUGUCUGAAGGGAAAUACAAAGUGGGAGACUCCAGCGCUCUGAUCUUCAUACGGGUCCUUCGUACUCAUGUGAUGGUGCGUGUGGGUGGGGGAUGGGACACAUUAGAACACUAUCUGGACAAGCAUGACCCCUGCCGCUGUGCUGCCUUCGCUCACCGGUACCACCAGGCCAAAGCCAGCGGGCAGGGUGCCCACAGCAAGUCCUCCAGUGCCCACUCCUCCCGCUCCACCAGCCCAGGCCCACACUGGCGUAACGAGGGCAUUGCCCCAUAUAAGCCCCCUGACAGACGCACCCAGGGCCUGGAGCCUCCAUCAUGUACCUCCUCCUCCUCCACCCGGCCUGGCCGCUCCCACCACCCCUCCCUCCCUACAGAGCUCGACUCAAACGCAGGACGCACCCCCCUGUUACCACGACCACCGCGGGAACGCUCAGAACCCCGCCACUUCAACCCUGUCAGGUCUAAGGACUCGUCAUUGUUGCCAGUGACCCGCCGUCUAUCAGGGGACAGCGACUCCUCUACAGCCUCCUCUAAGGGAGGAGGAGGAGGGACAGGGGGAGGCCGCUUUUCUCUGGGGGGCACCCGCCGCUCCAGAGAGGAGGUGGUGCUGUUGGUUAACAGGAAGGAGGGGAAGCAUAUAAUCGAGAGGCCUGGAGAAGGCGGACAGGGUCCAUCCCUGUGCCCCCCAAUGCCCCGCACACGCAGCCACUCCCGGGAUCGCCCUUCCCCCGCCUCCAUCCUCAAACCCAGCCCUCCACAGGGCCCCUCUGACGGGCUCAGGAGCAGCCAUGGGGAGAGGGGCCGCUCUCUCGGGCCCGAAAGUCCCCGCAGGCUCCAGGCCCUGCGCUCCCACAGCCAGGGGAAGAUGCCCAGCCGGAGUCGGACCAGCGAUGCCAGCCCUGGACCCUCUCCCCGUCACGGGGCCUCGCAACCCCUAUCCUCUGACAGACGAGAGGAGCUCAGGACCAAACAACUGCCCCCCGCUUCCCCCAGAAUCAAUGGAGGUUUCUCCAGGAGACAAUCGUCCUCCUGCUCUAAUUCACCUAUCAAAGGGCUUCAGAGCAGCAGCCUCAGUAAGAAGACUAUAGUGGCUCCCCGGCCCCCCGCUCCACGCUCCCCCUCGGUGGGGAGGAGUAGGCUGCUGCCCACAGUCACCCAGGCAGGCCGGCGCUCUCCUCACUCCUCCUCCCCCCGCUCCCCUCACCACCAUGGGCAUGGACCCCGCUCCCCUCGAACCUCCCACGGCCCUCGCUCCAAUGGGCAUGGCCACAGGGGGUGGGCCAGCUCUGAGCGACAGGAACCUGAGGAGGAGGGGCUAGGCUAUAACUUCCAGAUCCUGCCCAACCUGGACCCCCAGAAAGAGCAGGACCUGUACCGCAGCUUCGAGGCUGAGUUCCUAGCUAACACAGGGCAGCGCAGAGGGGGGCCUAGUAGACCCACAGGGGGGGGGGCCCUUCAGCUUCCUGCCUCUUCACACCCACAGCAGGGGGUUGGGCCCCAAACACUGCCCACGCCUGCCUCUGCUGACCCUAACGUCACUGACUCGGCCUACUCCUCCUCCAACUCCUCCAACUCCUCACUCAACGUGGGGGGUAAGGUAGGAGUUCUGCCUGACCUCCGGGAGUCUAAAAGAACUAACCCACGUUCCUCUGGAGGCCUGGAGGAUACCCUGGCCCCACUGCAUGGCCAUAGCCCUGGCGGACUAUCCAAUGGUGGGCACGCAGAACCAGAGCGCUGGGGCGGGCGAGGUGGAGGUCUCAGGAAGCUCCCUGCCAUCUCCAGUUCCAUAGACGAAGGGGAGCUCCUGUCCUCCUUGCCCGGCCGGAGAGACUCGGAGCUGGGCAUAUCUCUCAGCCAUGCCCCCUCACAACUUCCUUUCCACCGCAGGAGCAUGAAUGGAGGGGGGCAUGUCAGUGGUGCUUUAGUAGAGGUGCUGAUGGAGAGCCAGCAGGGUCAGCUGGGCUGGGGCUCAGGGCCUGAGGGAGACGUCCCUCUGGAGGAUCACCAACCAAGCUUCCCCUACGACCUGGAGGGUGGAGACCCCAACGAUGACCUCCCUCCCCCAGAGUCUUGUCCCUCGCCCAUCCCCCUGCCCCCCUCGGAGGACUGCUCCUUCCAGGAAGACUCCUCCAGUGAGAGCUCCUCCAUGUGCUUCAGCCUGAGUGAAUCACGCUCAGAGUACUCUCCGCCACCUCCUCCCCUGGCCAAUGGGGAUGCAGUUGAUGGGGGUGUAGUCUUCCGGCCCAAGAGGGCAGGGAAAAAGGCUGACAGGGUGCCCUCCAUCUACAAGCUCAAGCUGAGGCCCAGGAUCAGACCCCGUACAGACAACCGGCCAGGGAACAGCCCGUCACGUAUCCCCACCCCAGUCAGCUACAGAGACCUUCAGGCCAGGGGCAACCAUACUCCUCUCCAGACCCCUACCCCGCCACAGUCCCCUCAGAGCUCCCAUUCCAACGACCAUUCACCCUCACGAAAGGCCAUGCACCAGGCCUUUGCCGACCUGAUCCACCCCCAGUCACGCUCCCCUGCCAUGGGCAACAGGGACCGCUCCUUCUCUGUGGAGUCAGAGAGCGGCUUGGACACUGAGGCCUGGAUGUAACACACAACUAACUAAUCCUGAUGAUGCUGAUAUAGAAGAGUCUGUUGACUACUGUCUAAAAUAGACUGGAGACUGGGCUACAGACUAUUUUUUAUAGAGCAUGUCGCACACUCCCUCAUUUUGUCAUGCAGUCAUGCCCUUUCCUACCUAUAACGGUCAGGGUUUCAGUAUCCAAUUAUAUUCUUUGCACUCUAAGCCUAAUUAUUUAUUACCAAAGGAUCGAUCCCGAAUCGAAUACUAUUGUUUAAGUUGAAUGGAUUUAUUGGCAUUAUAUGGGGAUGCUUUGUUCAAUCAUAAAGUGUCUAAUACAAAGCAUGCACUGUCUUGAAAGCCCCAUGCUAUACGCAUCGCUGAAGAAGUGUCAGGGCUGAGGGGGAGGAAAGAACCCCAGGCAGGAGCAGUGAAUCACAAGCAUCAUCAUCAAGUCAACUGGACUGGCUCCCUCUAGUGGACAGUGUAUGCCACAGCAUCUCUGUCUGCUUUGAUUGUCAAAAUACUGGUGUGGAGAGCGUGCUGUAACAAAUACUUUCUCUCAUUCUCCAUACUGCCACUCACCCUCUGCUCGUUACCUUCUGUGGAUCUUUACACAUCUAAUCUGUAUUGGACUUAUAUAUCAAUACAAUACUCUACAAUAAUUUACUGUACAAUGUUCACAUCUAACAGUCCUUUGGACUUUGUAUUCCAUAUGUGCACUUCUACUCACCUUCCCCCACCAACCCUCUGCAUCCUGACUUGUUCAUUGUCAUACAUGUAUGAUGUCACUUUCUCACUGCCAAUCCACAUGGCCAUGAUUGAGUGAUGUCUUCUGAUUCUUUUUUUUUUAGCUUUUAUUGUGGAAAUAUACAAAGUAGUAUUUUUCACAUUAUGUUCUGUGUGUUAACUGCAGUCUGGGGCAAGAGUAAGAUAAUAUGUCAUUGUCACUGAAACAUACUUCCAAUGAUCAAGAGUUAUCUCAACUUGAAAAUCAACACUAAAAUAUGUGUACAAAAGAGUAAGUUAAGUGGGAUGAAUGUGUUUAUAUAUGUACAUGUGUAUAUACAGUGCCAGUUAAAAGUUUGGACACACCUACUCAUUCCAGGGUUUCUCUUAGUUUUUUAGUGGUCGUAGUGUUCUACAUUGUAGAAUAAUGUUGAAGACAUCAAAACUAUGAAAUAACACAUAUGGAAUCAUGUAGUAACCAAAAAAGU